AUGAAAACACUCGGUUGUUUUCAAUUCUUCACGGCAUGGUUAAGACCUGAUCAUGGGAACCUCGGCGACUCUCAAAUCUAUGAGUCAUGCCCUUUGACCUAUCCCCCUCUGUCAUUCCCCGCCCCAUUCUCUCCCCAUAUAAGGGUCAUCGUCCAGUCUUCAUUGGCACCUGUCUCCUCGUCGGAUUCUGGUUCAUCGUCUCCGUCACCUCCAGCAAAGACGGGAACCGGGGCUGUUGCCCCUAAUCGACAGCUUGUGACAUCUCCGGAUGUUGGACCGGUGCGCCGGCUCGACGAUUCCGCCGUGUUGCACGUGGCUGACGCGAAGCGGCUCCGUGACGCGACUUCUCCUGCGAUUACCAGGACCGGCUCAAUAGCAGUGCGUCUCGUCGUUCCAGCUUGGGGCUACAACUACGCUGUUCGCACCGCAUCCAGAUUUGCCAUCACCCGCGACGACGCUAUUGCUGUGGACGUAUGUGUGAAGUUGGAGUCUCUGCCUUCAGGAGCCAAGCCGCUGUACGAACUAAUCUCACAGCAUCAGUUGUUCGGACGUUUCGACGACGACUCUCUAGCUGCAAUCAUUCUCGACACCGUCUACGGAACGCGAGUCACUCCACUCGGGUCUGCUGGCCCUCAACCAAAGCAUGUUUACGUUUCGGUCCACGGCCGUUCCUUCCCACUGCGUUCUGACCAGAUCGCGGCGCUACAGAUGGAUGAUCGACACCUACUCAUCCUUGCGAUCCAGGCUGCUUUUGGUACUGGUAAAACCUUGAUUGCAGCUCUCAUCGCGAUACGCACACACCUCGUAACCGCUGAACACCAACAAGUCAUCGCCACCACCAUGACCAACACUGCAGCAGCCCAGUUUACGGACACAGCCUAA